UUGUUCUGAAAUCGGAUGAAAAAAAUAGCAACAAAAAUGAAUUGUAUACUCACAAAAUGUGACAUUGGUAUAAAUUCUCUCAGCAGGAGGAGAAGCCACUGACAAUGAUUACCGCACAACUUCUCCCAACUCAGAAACUCAGCCGGAACUGCAUUUUACCCUUUCUCCGCUCCACCACCGCCAAACCCUCACCCGCAACCGUAUAACCCCCACGGCUCCGCCACGAACUCAUCAAACCCGCGGCCCCCCAAAAUUGAAUGCCGCAAACGCUUAAUUGUCCUUCACCUUCAAAUACGGCGACAGAUAUUACAAUUUUUUUAGUCAACACAAACGAUCCGAGGCACUCUUCAUUUGUUUGAUCGACGGAACUGUGUUCCGAGAUACGGUUUGCCACAUAUAUAUAUUAUUUUUUUUAGAUUCUUCAAUAAAAUAAAUGGCGCUCUCAGUUUCGGACUUGCCGGCGAUAUACACACUGCUCGCUAAUUCGUUGAGCAGCGAUUUGAAUGUGCGGAAGCCAGCGGAAGAUGCUCUUGCGGAAUACGAGAGCAGGCCUGGUUUUUGCUCUUCUCUUAUGGAAGUGAUAACAGCCAAAGAUCUAGCGUUGCAGACCGAUGUGAGAUUAAUGGCGUCGGUUUAUUUUAAGAACAGCAUCAGUAGGUAUUGGAGGAAUAGGCGUGAUUCAAGUGGAAUUAGCAGUGAAGAAAAAGUGCACUUACGGCAAAAGUUAUUGUCACACUUAAGAGAAGAAAAUUAUCAGAUUUCUCUUACAUUGGCUGUGGUGAUCUCGAAAAUUGCUCGUAUUGACUACCCAAGGGAGUGGUCAGAUUUGAUUUCCGUGUUAGCACAACAGCUUCAGUCAGCUGAUGUAUUAACUUCCCAUAGGAUAUUCUUGAUUCUUUUCCGGACAUUAAAAGAGUUGUCAACCAAACGUCUUACUUCUGACCAGAGGACUUAUUCUGAGAUUGCAUCUCAAUUCUUUGAAUACAGCUGGCACCUUUGGCAGACUGAUGUGCAAAAUAUAUUGCAUGCCUUUUCGGCGCUUGCACAAAAUGCUUCUGAGUUGCAUUAUGAUGAUGUUUACUUAACCUGUGAAAGAUGGUUUCUGUGUUCAAAGAUUAUACGUGAACUGAUAGUUUCUGGUUUCCCAAGUGAUGCAAAGUCUAUGCAGGAGGUGCAACCUGUUAAGAAGGUCUGUCCGGUUAUGUUGAAUGCUGUCCAGUCGUUUCUGCCUCACUAUUCAUGUUUUCAAGAGAAACAUCCUAAAUUUUGGGAUUUCCUGAAGAAGGCAUGCACUAAAUCACUGAAAAUAUUAAUAGUAAUUCAGCACAGGCAUCCUUAUUCAUUUGGUGACCAAAGUGUUCUUUGGCCUGUUGUUGACUUUUGCUUAAAUAAAAUCACAAAUCCCGAGCCAGAUGUUUUGUCAUUUGAAGACUUCUUGAUCCAGUGUAUGUCAUUGAUGAAGGCUGUCCUAGAAUGUAAAGAAUACAGGCCAUCCUUGACUGGCCGUGUUACGGAUGACAACCGAGUUACCUUUCAGGUGAUGAAGAAAAAUGUAUGUAGUGCUGUUGCUAGCGUCUUGGCUGCUCUGCUGCCUAACGAGCGUGUGGUGCUGUUGUGUAAUAUAUUGAUAAGGAGGUAUUUUGUUUUGACAACAAGUGAUGUCGAAGAAUGGUACCAGAAUCCUGAGUCUUUUCAUCAUGAGCAGGAUGCUGUGUUGUGGUCGGAAAAAUUAAGGCCAUGCGCUGAAGCACUAUACAUUGUCUUGUUUGAAAAUCACAGCCAACUUCUAGGUCCAGUUGUGGUUUCAAUUCUUCAAGAGGCAAUGAAUGGCUGUCCUUCUUCUGUUAGUGAAAUUAGUCCACAGUUGCUUCUCAAAGACGCUGCAUAUGGUGCUGCUGCUUGUGUCUAUUACGAACUCUCUAAUUAUCUGAGUUUUAAGGACUGGUUCAAUGGAGCGUUAUCGAUUGAACUCACAAAUGAUCAUCCUAACAUGCGGAUCAUCCAUAGAAAAGUUGCAUUGAUAUUGGGGCAAUGGGUUUCAGAGAUUAAAGAUGAUACCAGACGACCGGUAUAUUGUGCUUUAAUAAAAUUGCUUCAGGAGGAAGACUUGUGCGUUAGGCUGGCGGCAGCACGAUCUCUAUAUUACCAUAUUGAAGAUGCAAAUUUCUCCGAGCAAGACUUCUCUGAUCUUCUUCCCAUAUGUUGGAACUCAUGUUUUAAACUGGUGGAAGAAGUCCAAGAGUUCGAUUCAAAAGUUCAAGUAUUGAAUACGAUUUCUGUUCUCAUUGCACGCAGCACUGGAGUUAUUCCUUAUGCAAAUAAGCUGGUGCAGUUUUUCCAGAAGGCAUGGGAAGAAUCUUCUGGUGAAAGCCUUCUGCAGAUUCAGCUUCUCGCAGCCCUUAAGAACUUUGUAGCUGCACUAGGUUACCAGUCACCCAUUUGUUACAACAUGCUGCUGCCCAUCUUACAAAGUGUGAUUAAUGUAAAUAGCCCUGAUGAACUUUUGGAAGAUAGUAUGCAGUUGUGGGAAGCUACUCUUUCUCAUGCCACCUCAAUGUCGCCUCAGCUGUUGGGUUAUUUUCCAUGUCUGGUCGCAAUUUUGGAAAAAAGUUUUGAUCACUUAAAGGUGGCUGCUAGCAUCAUUGAAGGCUACAUUGUUCUUGGAGGAUUAGAGUUCCUGAAUAUGCAUGCAUCGACACUUGCAAAAGUUCUUGAUUUGGUCAUUGGUAAUGUCAACGACAGAGGGUUGCUUUCAAUUCUUCCACUUGUGGAUGUCUUAGUUCAGUGUUUCCCUACUGAAGUACCCCAGUUAAUCAGCACCGUCAUACAGAAAUUAAUUGUCAUAUGCCUGAGCGGAGAUGAUCACGAUCCCUCUAAGACAGCUGUAAAGACAACUUCAGCAGCCAUACUUGCAAGGAUUUUGGUCAUGAAUACUAAUUAUCUUGCACAACUCACAUCAGAACCAUCAUUCUUCACACAUCUCCAACAAGCUGGAUUCUCAAAUGAAGAAAACAUUCUUCUUUGCUUGGUUGAUGUAUGGCUCGACAAGGUUGACAAUGUGAUUUCCACACAAAGAAAGACAUUUGGCUUAGCCCUUUCCAUAAUUCUAACUAUGAGACUGCCUCAAGUACUUGAUAAACUCGAUCAAAUUCUAAGUGUAUGCACGAGUGUAAUAUUGGGUGGAAAUGAGGACUUAGCUGAAGACGAAUCAAGUAGCAUCCAUAUGCAACCCAGUGAGCUGCAUAUGCCUGGCAAAGAGUACAGGAGGAAGCAGAUCAAGUUCUCUGACCCAAUAAACCAAAUUUCGCUGGAGAAUUCAUUGAGAGAUAAUCUCCAAACAUGUGCUUCUCUCCAUGGAGAUUUGUUUAAUACUGCUAUGUCUAAAAUGCAUCCGGCUGCAUUUGCACAACUGAAACAAGCACUUAACAUGUCUUAGGACUAUAUAAUAUAUGGCUUUGCAAACUAAGAGUGAAAUCCAUUUUUGUGGGUCCCGCGGUUUUCAUGUGUGUACCUUUCGUAAGUGAAUGACGACGGUGACACUAAAGAUUCUUUAACUAUGUGAGAUGGGCGCUUCACACAAUUUUUUGGUUUCGUUUGGUUCACAUUUAUUUCGAUUGGUGUCGUUUUCCAUUUAUUGGAAAUGUGGUGAUAUUUUUGUCAAUGUCCAGCACAACCAUAAUGUAAAUAGAGUAAUCCCCUGCAUGCAUAGUUUUUUGGGCAUAAGGGUGAGAGAGGGGGGCAUGUUAGGUUUGCUGCAUAUGCAGGACUAUUAAUGCACGUGAAGGAACUUAAUUGGUGUACAAUUUUCAUUUGAAACAUCUACCUGCAAAGAUUUUUUAUCUGACUUU